UGUACUCCAACUCAAAUUGAACGUACACAAAUUGAUCUCGACAAAAGCGUAGAAGUUAAAUUUAUAAAGUUUAAUAUUUUGAUUCUGUAAAUUCGUGUAAGAAUAUACAAUAGAUAAAUAUGAGUUCGGAUGAGAUUAAGUUGGAGGCUGCUUAUGAGCAUUUGAUGGAGGAGAACAUCAAAAGCCAGUUGGAGAAAAAUGGAACAAUGGCGGUACUUCGGAGUGAAAUGCACGUAAAGGUCCUUCAGAUGAUGCGGGGCCAGCAGGAUGUGAUCAGAAAACAAUCUCUAAUGGGUGGAUCAGCCAACCUAUCCGAAGAUCAGAGUCUGAUCAAGCUAAUCAAUCAGCUGGUUAUGGAGUUCUUUCAUUGGUUCGGCUACAGGCACACCCUGGAAACAUUUCGCAUGGAGACGGGUGAGAGUGUGGCCAAUCGCAGUGAAAUGGAGCAAAGUCUUUUCAUCACACCCGACUCGAAGGAUAUUCCCCUUCUGGCUCAACUAAUCAUGCGCGACUGGAAAUUGAGUCCGGAUAAUGUGGUUGGCAAAAGGGUGGUUCAACUGCCGGAUCCGGGAAAUUCCAUGUCGCAACGUUGCCGCAAGUUAAGAGAGGAACUCGAAGCCCAGCGAGCCCAAAAGGAAAUCAAACAGGAGAAGCUAGUUCAAUACAAUCGAAAACUCAUUAAAAAUGAUCCACUGAAAAGACCCAUCACAGUGAAGAUGACCAAAACUCCACCUCGAUCAUUCAAGAAAGAAAGUUCGAAGGUGUGCUUGGAUAGCUCUGAAUCCGAUAUCCUAGAAUCGGAUUACAGCGAGGAAGAGUCGGAGGAUAGUGAUGCUUACAAGGACAUACCCGACAGACAGUUCUAUAUCGAGGACUUGCCACCUGAAGGUAAAUAUGCCCCAGGUCGUGGUGAAGAAGGACCCUACGAUGCCAAGCAAAGACAGGCCGAUAGUCUAUUUGAGCAAUAUAAGCGCGGAAUUAGUGCCGACAAUAUUCCAAGUUCAUCCAAAAAACCCACAACACCGAAUAGACCAAGAAAUCUACCGACUGAAGGGUCAGAUUCAUGGAAUGAAUCUUCGCUGCGAGGCAAGAACAAAGUCUCCCAAUGGAAUUACCCCAGAAAAAUACAACAUCGUGGCAAAAACGGCAUUAAGUCUGAGGAUGAACCUCUUUUGGCUGUCGCCAAACCCAAAUGCCCCGAUACCCAAAUAGGAGAAAUCAAUUUGGACAGCGAUGAUAGCUACGAUGAGUGAUCAAAAACUGCAGACCCUCCAACUAAUCCGAGUUUAAUUUAAAUUUACGAGGUAUACUCCAGUCAUAUUCAGAUUCCUGGUAAAUUUAUAGUUUUUUACUAGAAUCUAUUAUUUUACCUAAGUAACAAUACUUUUUGGCUG